AUGGCCGCCGAAUUCACUUUCAAGGAUGAAGACAUGGCUGCCGUCAAGGGCAAGUCCGUCAUCGUCACCGGCAUUGGUCUCGCUACCGUCAAACUCCUCCUCGACCUCGGGGCCUCUGUAGUCGGCGGUGAUAUUCAGCCUCCUCUUGAAGAUGACCUCAAGGGGGACUUUACCUUUCUCAAGACCGACAUUAGCGUCUGGAAGGAUCUGGUCAACCUGUUCAAGACGACCUACGAGAAGUACGGCCGUAUUGACCAUGUUCUUGCCAACGCUGGCAUCGGCCCCACCGCUGAUUACUUCUCCGACGCUGUCGACGAGAACGGCGAUCUGCUUGAGCCUUCCACCAGAACCUACGACAUCACCUUCAAGGGAAACGUCAAUACGGGCACUCUCGCCAUCCACUACAUGAAGAGGCAGCCAGAGUUCGGCACCAUCACCUUCACGGCCUCCACCAGCGCCCUACAGCGCGAGAGAGCAAUUGACUAUUCCGCAUCCAAGCAUGGCAUCGUUGGCUUUGGGCGAGCCAUCAACGCGGCCUUCAAGGCAAACAAGCUCGGCAUCCGAGUCAACACGAUUGCGCCGUCUUGGACCGAGACCCCUAUCCUCAAGCCAGUCAGGCCUCUUGCAGACAAGCUCGGAAUUGUGGUGCAGCCCGCAGAGGCUGUAGCUAAGUGCGUCGCCUACUUCAUGGCUGACCCGUCUCAGGACGGCAACCUUGCUGUGGUUCAGCGCAGCAGGUACUUUGAGCUGGACGAUGCGGUGCUCCUCAAGGCGUGGAAUGACAUGAACCAGGAGGCGUACAGUGAUGAGGAGAUUCUCGAUCGCAUUACCCAGGAGAUGUUGAUUCAGAAGAAGUAG